AUGGUCCUUGAGCUUAAGGAUUCCUCCGACGACAAAUUGUCUGCUCUCUGGCAAGCUGCUUGCAUCGGUUAUGCGAAUGAGACUGGAAAACCACUUGGAGAUGUCGCUCUCGCUGGGGUGCAGGGGCCCGAGGAUCUUUCGCGGCACUUGGACGCUGAAAAGGACAAUUUCGAAGGCUUUCGGGCGAAGAGACGCCCGCUCUUGCAUGCGAUGCAGGCUGUGAUAGCCCCCUUCGAACCUGGGCUAGUCUCAUCGCCGUUACCCAGUUCCCGCCAGCUUCAACGAUCAUGGGCGCAAUGGUAUUUCUCAUUCAAGGAACGAAAAAGAAACGGCGCGAGACAGGCUAUCUGGGUGAAGGAAUGGAAGGACAAACUCGCAGAGAAGUGGCGGACUAAGGAUUUUGAGUAUGAGGGGGGAUAUGCAGCCUGGUGUAUGCGAGUCCUGCCGGAGCCGCAGAGAACGCGGUGGGCAGGAUUUCCAGUCUUAACGCGGCCGUCUCCUAUAAUGAUGUGGAGUAGUAACAGUGCUUAA